AUGCCUACUUCUUCAGUAUCCAUCAUCUCCAAAUGCACUGUCUACCCACAAAACAAAUCCGCCAUUAAAUCUCUUAAGCUCUCUGUAUCUGAUCUUCCAAUGCUUUCAUGCCAGUACAUCCAAAAGGGUGUUUUGUUAUCAGAACCGCCAUUUGAAUCUGACAUUCUCAUCUCUCUUCUCAAGAUUUCUCUCUCUAAAACUCUUUCUCACUUCCCUGCUCUUGCCGGCCGCCUUCAUACUGAGAAUAAUGGCCAUGUCCACAUCCUUUGCAACGAUUUAGGAGUCGAUUUUGUUCACGCGAAGGCGCAAUACAUGUCUCUUAAUAGCCUUUUGCCAUCUGAUCAUCAUCAAGAUAUCCCUUUCAAUUUCAGAAAGUUCUUCCAAUUUGAUAACACUCUCAGCUAUGAUGGACAUUACAAACCCCUUGUCGUAGUUCAGGUAACUGAACUCAAAGACGGCGUUUUCAUCGGCUGCACCAUCAACCAUGCGGUGGUGGACGGCACCUCUUUCUGGAACUUCUUCAAUACCUUUGCAGAGGUGUGUAAAGGGGCGGAGAAGAUCUCGAGACCUCCGAAUUUCAGCCGCGACACAGUGUUUGAUUCCCCAGCAGUGCUCAAUUUUCCCGAAGGAGGGCCGUCAGCGACUUUUUCUGGUGACGAACCUCUGCGUGAAAAGAUUUUCCAUUUUAGCAGAGAAGCCAUCUCGAGGUUGAAAUUCAGAGCAAAUAACCCGACCCGAAAACCCGAAAUGUCGGGCCCUGAAGGCGUGGAGAUUUAUGGGAAACAGAGUAACGAUAAUUGGGUAGUUAAUAACGGUGAAAACUGUAAAGUUAACGGAAAAAUAACGUCUAUUUUGGAGGAGCUUCUCUUCAAUAAUAAUAAUAAUAGUACUAAUAAAGGGCACAAAAAUCCAACUGCUGUGAUUUCAUCAUUUCAGUCACUUUCUGCUCAACUUUGGAGGUCGGUGACACGUGCGAGGCAAUUAGACGAGAACAAGUUAACGACGUUUAGAAUGGCAGUCAACUGUAGACACCGGCUAGAGCCACGGCUCGAACCGCUCUAUUUUGGAAACGCCAUUCAGAGUAUUCCAACCGUUGCUACAGUUGGGAAGCUCUUAUCUAAAGACUUGAAUUGGAGCGCAAAUCAGCUGCACACGAACGUAGUGGCACACCAAGAUGUUACCGUGCGUCGAGGUGUCAAGGAUUGGGAGAGCAAUCCGAGGUUGUUCCCACUAGGCAAUUUUGACGGUGCGAUGAUCACUAUGGGAAGUUCUCCAAGAUUUCCAAUGUAUGAUAACGAUUUUGGAUGGGGUCGACCAUUGGCGGUUAGAAGCGGAAAGGCCAAUAAAUUCGACGGUAAGAUCUCAGCCUUUCCUGGACGUGAAGGAAAUGGAAGUGUUGAUCUUGAAGUGGUUUUAGCUCCCGAGACCAUGGUUGGUUUAGAGAAUGAUAUGGAGUUCAUGCAAUAUGUUUCGUGA